AUGGUGACAUUGGUGUGGAAGACGACAGUGAAGUAUUGGUACGGUUCUGGUGUUGAGCUCCAAAGAACGUGGGCUCGAGCAUGGUUCGUUGUGCGUGUCUGGUGGACAGUGGUGACGCUGAUCGUCUACGCUACUUUCUACGGAGUGCUGUUUUUGUACGAGAUCGUCGAAGGUGUUUGUCUAGGCUGGCCUGGAGUAGUGGUCUUAACGGUGACGACGAAUUACAAGUUUGCGAGUAAUGAGGGCACCGUGGCGUUUGGUGGGGUCGUCGUCAACUGUGAGACUGUACUACUCGACGGGUGCGUCGUGGUGCUAGGCGUGGCUAGCCAUGUGUGGCGUUGGUACGAGUAUACGUCGGAAGGACGUUCGCCGCUUGCCGUGGCCCAGGACUGCUACGACGGUUGA